UGAGGAGAGCUCUGAGCUGCUGCAAGAGAAACAGUUUUAAGAAAAAGAAAAAAAAUAAAAAGGGAAAAAAAAGAGGAAAAAGAAGGGGGGGCAGUCAGUCAGGGGACAUAAAGCCCUAUAUACAUCCUAUACCAUAUCAGUGUACAGCUGCACCGGCCAUGCACUGCAUCCUGCCUGGAAUAACUGAUACAGGAUUACACUCACUGCCUGUGUGCCGCUCACAUACUCUGUACUGCACAGCACUGACAGACAGGCUGACUGCUGGGAUUAUUAUUACUAUUACUAUUUUUAAUAUUUUUUACUGAACAUUCUGUUUUUAUGAACAUUCUCUGGCUCAGUGUUCCCCGAGUGCCCGGACAGUGAUGCUUUCCAGUAACGCGCAGUGUGUUCAGUACUGAGCGGAGCCUGCUCGGCGCUGUACCCGGGCUGUACAGGCUGGCCUGAGCCGGGGAGCACACUGUGUGCGGGGAUCGCCACGAGCAUGGUGCAGCAAAGCAACAACGGAGCCGACAACAGCGAGGCUCUGCUGGCCGGGGAGAGCUCGGACUCCGGGGCCGGGAUAGAGCUGGACAUGGCAUCCUCCCCCACCCCGGGAUCCACAGCCUCCACCGGGGGCAAGGCGGACGACCCGAGCUGGUGUAAGACCCCGAGCGGGCACAUCAAGAGACCGAUGAAUGCCUUCAUGGUGUGGUCUCAGAUCGAGCGGCGGAAGAUCAUGGAGCAGAGCCCGGACAUGCACAAUGCCGAGAUCUCCAAGCGGCUCGGGAAACGCUGGAAACAGCUCAAAGACAGCGACAAGAUCCCCUUUAUCCGGGAGGCCGAGCGGCUGCGGCUCAAACACAUGGCGGACUACCCGGACUACAAGUACCGGCCCAGGAAGAAGGUGAAGUCCGGCAGCUCCAAGCCCGGGGAGAAGGGCUGCGGCAGCCCGCUGGGGAGCGUGUCUGGGGCCGGACACCCCGGGGGCUGCGGGGCCGGCGGUGGAGCCAAGCCCCCGGGACAGAAGAAGAGCGGCGGCGGGGCCAAGCCGUGCAGCAAGCCGCACAGUAAGCCUGUGCUGGGCGGUAAGAGCCCCCCGGAGCAGCCCUGCAUGCUGGACCACCACUCGCUAUACAAGUCCCGGACCGCCGCCUCCUCCCGGCACGGAGCCCCGGACAAGAAGCCCAAGCACCGGCUUUACAUCUUCAACGCCCCCGGCUACCAGGGCUCCUCUCCGGUAGCCGUGCCCGCCAGCCCGACCCUCAGCAGCGGCUCCACCGAGGCCAGCGACCCGCUCAGCCUGUACGAGGACGGGGCCGGCUCCAUGCACGACUCCCCCGGCUCCCCGUCUGAGCACGGCGGCUACCCGACUGCGUCCUCCCCGGCCCCGUCCACCUCUCACUCCUCCUCUUCGGCUGCAUCCUCCCCCUCCUCCGCAUCCUCCUCCUCCUUCUCCUCAUCAUCCUCGGCUUCUUCCUCGGACGAGGAGCUGGAUGACGAACUGCUGGAACUGAACCCCAGCCCGGGCUUUGAGAGCAUGUCCCUGGGCAGCUUCUCGUCCUCCGCCCUGGACAGGGACCUGGACUUUAACUUCGAGCCCGGCUCGGGAUCCCACUUCGAGUUCCCGGACUAUUGCACGCCCGAGGUGAGUGAGAUGAUCUCCGGGGACUGGCUGGAGUCCAGCAUCUCCAACCUGGUGUUCACCUACUGAGCCAGCCAGCCAGCCGGAGCAGGGUGAGCAGCCAGGGUCCAGGGACAGACAGAGAGAGGGGGCAGGGCACACUCUCUGCUCUACUAAACUGCUUGACUUACUAAGCAAAACACAAUUAAAAGGGAUUGUUGAUUUUAGUAGCCCAGGGAGACAGCACCCCUUCUGUCCUCCCAACCCCAUAAAAAGAAAAACCCAGAGAAGCCCUCCUGAUUGUACAAUUUGCAGACUGGAGAGGUUGAGGAGGAUGAUGAUGAAGGCUCUUCUUGGGGCUCCACACAUUGUUGGGUAAAGGAAGAUUUGAAACAAAUUAAAAUGAGACGUAAAGGGAGCCGAGCUGAUUGUCAGAGAUGUGGGGAGAGGGCACUGAACCAGCCCUUUAAGCAUUGUCUACCUCCCCUGUCAGGGGAGACAUGGGACUCUUCCCUUCCAGCACCAGGACAAGGCUCUGCCUUCCAGCAGGAGAGGAGAGGAAGGAGCACAAAGCAUCAGCUUAAUGAAAAACAGAACAUGAGACUGACAUAUUUAAAAGGGCGAAGAGAUUCCCCAAAAAACAACCUUCCCCAUCACCCCUUGUUUUUUGUUUUUUAUUUGGAAACCAGUCGGUGGAUCAAGGGGUAUUUUUUAUUUUGAUUUACUAUUAUUUUUUUGUAGUAGUAACAGGACUGUAAUGGAUUUGCACGACUAGAGAAGGAAGGUACCCAUUGGGUCACCCAGCUUUUUCUUUAGAAUCCAUCCCUAAAAAGAUGGACUUUUUUUAUUUUAUCAAGGACACUACUUUAAGGAGGAAGGUAGAUCUUCUGAACUACACCAAGUUACAUAUUUAUGUGGUACCUGGGGGGUAAAAGGGCGAUUCUUUAAAAAAAAACAAAAACAAAAAAAAAAAUGUGUUUCUCUUGCUCAGAAUCGUGAUGGUGUUGAUUUCACUGGUGGGUUAAUAUAGCAUGUUAUCCUGUCUAUCUUUUUAAGAUUUCUGUAAGACUGUUGAACAGUUUUAGUGUUAGGGUAAUAUAAAGCAGAUAGAUGGCGCUAUGUUUGAUUCCUACAAAAAUCACCAGCUUUUUACUCAUUCUUAACUCUUUAAGGAUUCAAACGCAACUCAAAUCUGUGCUGGACUACAACAAUUAAUUCAGGACCAAAUUUUUCUCAGAGUAUGUAUGUGUUAUUAAUCAGUAGUUGUAAAUGAAGAUACUUUUUUGUUCUCUCAUUUGAUAAUCCAUACUGUUUCUCCCCAACCCCUCUUGUAAAUGUAAUCAGAUGCCAUUUUAUAUGUGGACAUAUUUAUACUGGCCAAAAUUUUUAUGUUAAAUCUUUAUUUUUAUUUUCUUUUUAAUUUUGUAGUACUACUCCAUCCCACCUUUUUUCUUUUUUCCCUGCACCGUUUUUGUCUCCUUCACUGAAGGGCUAGAGUUUUAACUUUUAAGUUUUUUUUAUAUUUAAAUGUAGACUUUUGACACUUUUAAAAAGAAAGAAGAGAGAUGAAAACGUUUGAUUAUUUUCUCAGUGUAUUUUUGUAAAAAAUAUAUAAGGGGGUGUCUAAACUGGUGUCAAUCGCUGUUUGAUUUUUUUUUUUUUUUUUUUUCUGACAAUAUUGCAAACAGGGAGGCUGGUUGCUAUCUCAAACAAAAAUAAUAAAGUUUAACCAGCCUAGAUUUCCAUGUUUACACACUUCAAUCUGCAGGCUUUUUAAAGUGACAGCAUCCCUUCCAGCCUUGUGCACUCAGCAUUCACACCUCCAGAGUAUUCAUAAUACACUGUAUAUUGGUUGAAAACUACAAAAAAGUCUUUGUAUUAAUAAUCAUAUGUAGUAUUUAUAUAGCUUUAUAACUAAUCUUCAGAGUUUUGUUUAUUUUGUAUAAUUUUUUAUUUCUAUUGUACUGCCUUGGUAGAAUCUUGGCGUGCAUUCUUCUUUGGCACUGUUAUACUCCAACGUGGAGAAAGGAACAAUGUUUGAAUUGCCUAUUUCCAGUAGGUAGGCACAGUGGUGAGACAUGGACCCAUACACUUUUUUUUUUUUUUUUUAACUAAAUACUAGCCUCCUCCUGCUUUAAAAUGCUUGCUUUUUCUAAUCCUUUUGAUGCUGGGGAGCUUCUAGCAAAUGCUUGUCCCUUCCAGGGGUUACAAAGCCAGUCUGUAUUCCAAUGCUUUAAAGCAACCAGUGCACAUAAUAAGCAAAAAAGGGAUCCUGUAGCUUUAACUUCUCGAAUACAUUUUUUGCACUUUUUUAAUAAUACAAAAAAAAAAACCCGUGCCGUUUAAACCACUGGAUCUAUCUAAAUGCCGAUUUGAGUUCGCGACACUAUGUACUGCGUUUUUCAUUCUCGUAUUUGACUAUUUAAUCCUUUUUAUACUUGUCGCUAAACUAUAAUUGUUUUAGUCUCUUUUUGGCAUGACGAUAGCAUAUGUAUUCAGGUUUCUAGCUGUUGUGUUUUUAAGAUGAAAAACUGAAGAAAGUGAAAACAUCUUUGUACAUUUAAGUCUAUUAUAAUAAGCAAAAAUGAAAAAAAAAAUGUGUGUUUAUGUAUGUAAUUCAAUGACAGGCACUAGAAGUUCUACCUAUUGAGGUAGUUCUGUUUUAAGAUAACAUUUUCUUAAAUUUUUUUUUAAUUGUUUUUUAAAAAAAAUAAAAUAAUCCAUCCUGUGCAAUAUGCCGUACAAAAUAAUUUUGUCUAACCAUCAGGCCACAAAACAAAGAUUUGAGGCAUAAAUCAUGCCAGCUAAUGUCUAUUUCACUGCCUGUCAGAUUGUUGAUAUACUUCUGUAAAUAACUUUUUUUUUUUUUUUUUAAAGGAAAUAAACUCAGCUGGAACUGAACCCUUAAAUCUGAUUGGCUUUGUCAUUCUUCUGUUCUUGUAUAUAGCUUCUGUCUUUCUUCUGAGUUAUGUGACUUGUGCAGGGGUGGAGCUACAGCUUUAGAUUUCAGUAUUGGUCCUUGAGUUUAGAAAAAAAAAUGGCAUCCAAAAUGUAACGUGGUAACAAUGUUACUUAUAUUCUGAACACGUACAGUGAAAGUAGGGAAAUAAAAAUGUUGGCAGGCUAUUCUUCCAAGUAAUGAGUGAGUAUCACAGCUUGUUCUGCUGUCUAGGAAAUUUCGAGGAAUGCAGUAGAAAGGCGAACAACCUCCAGUUAAACACUGAAUUAAGGGAUUUUUAAACUUUUUUUUUUUUUUGUGAUGCAAGUAAUGCAAAUUAAGCUAAUAUUUCUAAUUAUAAAAUAAAUUAUGCAGCGAUUUUUAAAAAGGGAAUACAUUAAAUCUAACUGCUUGUUAUUAUCUGUUAAAAUCACAAUUUUCAAAAUUUUCAGUACAUUUAAAAAGCAUUGUUUUAUGAUACUCGAUAUAUCACUCGAUAUAUUUUAGAGAAUAGAAAAUGUUACUAGGCAGGUUUGCCAAGAAAGAGCAGGGAACCUAGUCAGAAGGAAUGACACUGCAUCUCCCAUCUGGAGAUCAUUUCACGUAUAAGCCCUUCCCCACUGCCUCCUGAGAAGCCUCAUCAGACAUUUGUCAUCUCUGCCUGACCUUGGUGUCUGCAGAUGCAGUUUGGGGCCCCCAUGCCUCUGAAAACCAGCAAUGGGAUCUGGACAAGGCAUGAAUUGCUUGUCACUUGUGCAUCAGCACGUUUGUGAUUUUUGCAAAAGUACAUCAUGGCUAUCGCCACACACAAUAAAAAGAAACACAUCACUUAGUUUGCAUGGCACCAACAGAACCUGCAGUAUAUUCAACAGUUAUGUUCUUAGAUUGGUCCUCCAAAACAUAUUUUGUUUCUGAAUGGAAACUAAGCCAUCCACACACAUGUGGUGUUUUGUUAGUUCUUAAAUAACAUAAAUACAAAAUUGUAGAAAAGGUGCACGGCCUGAGCUUCAAGACAGAUUAAAAAAAAAAUCAUAAUGAGUCUACUGUUAUGAAAGUAAAGUGUUACAAUUAUAAACUGCAAGGUCUCGGAUAAUUCUGGAGACUGAAGUGUGCAAAUUUUUUUAUUUUUUUUUAACUGCAGUGAGAUCAUUACAAAAGGUAGAACUACUUAAAAGAAAGUAAGAAUUCUAAUCAAGAAUGCUUGCAAUUCAGUGAUCAGAAACUUAAGUUACAAUCACAGGGGGAUAAUUGAUGGAGAAUAGAGGUCAAAAGGUGGCGUGAAUGCAUGCAAUAGGCCCAACAGCUGCUAUACAUCCAUUAUGGUUAAGGCACCAUCCUCAAAAGCAGAACUAAAAGGGAUUUACAGGCAAAGUGAAGCAGGGGUUCAUUAUUUGUCAUGUUCCACUUAAAACUGCAUAAAACAAUGUGUGUGCAUAUUUUGUUAAAAAAUGUGUCCAUGUGUUCAAAUCAUUAUAAGUUUCACUCCAAGGGAUACAAAAAUGGCUGUAUUUAUCUAUGCUUUUUACUUUAUUCACCAAAGACUGAAUUGUAGAGAAUAAUAAAAAAUAAAGAGCAGAUUUUGAAAAUUCUC